GUCUUCGGAAGACGUGUCUUUGGAUAUAUCCUGUGUUUACUGGAAACUUCAUAAAAAAUACACCAGGGCCAUGGAUGAAUUCCAGGUGGCCAUGCAUACCUCACCUUUCCCGACCUCGGGAACCUACAGCAUCGUACAGAUCACUUUGAUUGACUCAGAAGGUGUUGAAACUUUGCCCAUCACAGUAAAUGCAGGGGCUGAAGAACGCCACCUCUUACCUGGAUCAGCCUGCAUGGUAAGAGUGUGUUCAGAGGUGGCACUGGGUAAGGUGGUUCUAGUCAGGCUACAUUUGGAGGCUCGGACUGGGUUCCCAGACUUGGACUGGCACUGCAAGGGGGUGGAGGUCCGGAGAAUGUAUUCCGGACAAAGUGAAGCAGCAGGACAACAGGAUGAGGAGGCAGAGUUCUUCCCCUGCAGCAGGUGGCUGCGGUCUGUAGAUGGCGAUGUGGAGUUACGGAACAGACACUUGUGUCUGUUUAACUCAGAGACUGUGCAAAUACUAAAGGACCACAGGCUUAAAGAGCUACAGAGUAAACAACGACACAUCAGGUGGCGUACGUUUGCUGACGGCGUUCCUCACUGUGUGGAUAUGACCAGUGUGAAGGAUCUGGGACCCAACCUCAGCUACACACGCCAGAGUCCAGGCAUCAAUCUUGCUUAUCUGAGGGGUUUCACAGAAAGAGCUGAAUCCUGGAAAAGCUUUACUGAGCUGAAUACCGUGUUCAGCCACAACGGGAGUCUGAACAACGCUGCUAAGUAUGUGCAGACCCAUUGGACAGAGGACUGGUUCUUUGGCUACCAAUGUUUGAAUGGUUGUAACCCUUUCAUGGUGCAACAGAUACGCUUUCUCCCAUCCAACCUGUCAAUUACCUCUGACAUGCUCCGCCCUUUUCUCCCUGACACAUCCUCACUGGAACUGGAGCUAGAAAGAGGGACUAUUUUCCUGCUGGACUACGAGGUGUUGGAAGGAGUCCCGGCCAACAUCAUUAACGGGAAGCAGCAGUAUCUCGCUGCCCCUCUGGUCAUUCUGCAUCUCAACCACCAGGGGCAGCUAAAACCCAUUGCCAUCCAGCUUCAGCAGGCCCCUGGUCCUCAGAACCCAGUGUUCUUGCCUUCUGACCCCAGCCCUGAUUGGCUGUUGGCUAAGAUCUGGGUGCGAUGCUCAGACUUCCAGUGCCACCAGCUCUCCUCCCAUUUCCUCAGAACCCACCUGCUGGGGGAGGUGAGCUGCACCGCCACCCUAAGGCAGCUGCCAGAAGUACACCCUCUACACCAGUUGUUGAUGCCUCACAUCCGGUCCACACUACAAAUCAACAUCGAGGCCAGAUCCUCUCUACUGUCUGCCAAUGGAGUGUUUGACAAGGGUGAUUGUGGUGUUUGAAGGUGUCCACUGCUAUGUUUUACUCGAGCUACAGAGCGUCUACGAUACCGCAACCUGUGUGUCCCUAGCGACCUGGAAGACGAGGGCUACACCCUCCCACACUGCUACUACGCACAGGAUGCACUGCGAGUGAAUGCUCUGCACAGGUUUGUGAAUAGCUGGGUGGAUGUGUAUUACCAUGAAGACAAGGAAGUGGAGCAGGACAUUGAGCUGCAGAGCUGGAUUGAUGAGAUCCAUACACAUGGUUUCCCUCACUCAGGUUUUCCCCAGUCAUUCCAAACCAAACCAGAACUAUGUCAGUUUGUUACCAUGGUGAUAUACUGCUGCUCUGCCCAGCACGCUGCAGUCAACUUCUCUCAGUUGGAUUUUGCGCUGUGGAUGCCCAACUGUCCAGCCUCCAUGACGUGUCCCCCUCCACAGAACAAGGGGAAGUUAACUGAAGACGAGAUCCUCUCCAUUCUCCCGGAUGUCAACGCCACCUGCUCCCUUCUCAUCACUCUUUUCUUACUGUCCCAGCCUGCUUCUGACUAUGUGCCUCUGUGUCAGUACCGUGAGGCUGUGUUCAGCAGCGGCAUCCCACGAAGACUGGUGGAGCAGGUACAGGCUGAGCUCAGGGUAAUUUCUGAUGAAAUCACAGAAAGAAACAAGAAGCUGGAGCUGCCCUACAUGUACAUGUCCCCCGACCGCAUCGAGAACAGUGUGGCCAUCUGACUUUUUGUGAAAACACACACAUCAUAUAACUACCGUUCAUAUAAAAUACAAACAGCUGGACAGACCCCAUUGGCAUACACACAUAUAUACAUACAAAGACCCUCUCUCACACACACACGCACACACAAAUACACACAUUGGCAAAGACAGACACUACAAAGACAGACACACACGCACACACUGUUCUGAUCAUAAGCUCAGUAAAAAUGACACAGUUGAGUGCAGCUGAGUGGAUUUA